AUGGAACACCAGCGGCAGGAUUCCUUCAAGAAGCUGCGCGAGCCAUGUGUUGAGCUCAGCUCCGUAGGCCUUCGAUUCCGUGGAAACCAAGCCUCCGCUCCCGACCUGUAUCGAGCCCUUGAACCGGUGUAUAAUGUCUUGGAAGAGCUUGCGGGGGAAAACGUGCUUGAUGAGAAGCUCGCCGAAUACGCCUUUUUCCCACUGUCACACAUAUUCAAUGAAACACAGCGGCUUCCAGCACGAUGUCUAGAGCUAUCAGUUCGAUGUCUUAAUUUCCUCAUUGCUGAUGGAUGGCGACAGAAACUAUCACCAGCAUUGGGAAAGCAACUCAUUAUUCUCUUGACCUUGAUUGUGGGAGGAUAUCCAAGCAAAACUGAUGAAAAUCAGACACCCAAAUCCCAGGCACCGGAAGAACUGGCUAUUGUGUGUUUUGAUUGUCUCAGUUCUAUUUUCAAGGAAAUGCAAGGCCCCGUUGCGCAACAGACGGUCUUCCAUGAUAUCGGUACGGCUACUAUCAUUGAUCAAACUGUCUAUAUCUUGCUUGAGGGAGUUGUCGAUGAUAGGUCCGAUGAUCUAUGUAUAUCGGCUGCCAAGGCCAUUCAAGCUCUCUAUGGUCGCAUCACAGACCGCCUGGUCCUGGCCAGCAUCAUGCCGCGCACAGUUUCCGCUUUGGCGAAGGUUGUACGGCCAACGACACAGGUUCGGCGGUCUUUCAAGCUAUUACAGAUAUGUCUUCAGGUAAUGAGUCAGCUUCUGAGGGCUGUUCUCAAUGAUAUCGUCUGUGCGGAAAGCAAGACGCCUGCUUCUAGUCAAUCAAAGCCCGAUACAAUGACGCUGGAUGCAUCCUGGCUGAAAGCGACAACAACGCAGAUCAAGUUGGCAUUGGUCAAUAUCAUACAGAUUCGUCGGCAUCAGCGACCAGAAGUAAAGUCUGCUUUGCUGAAUCUUUGUAUAAUGAUUAUUGAAGAAUGUCAAACUACACUAGCUGAUGCUGUUCCCAUGAUGGUAGAAACAGUUGUGGUUCUAGCGGACCAAGAAGAUGAAGUACCGAAUGAGGCUUACAAGACAUUGAUUCAUCUCGCCACUACAUAUGCGGUUGUACUGGAUUCGCUGAAAGAAUCACUGCAUACUUGGCUAACAUCUUUCCCCCGAAUCAUGCAAAGCAAUGAUGAGUCCGCCAAGCAGUGGGGAAUUAGGCAAAUUUCGACUGUUUUCCAAAUUUUGUCGCAAUUUCAGAUUGGAUCGGAUAUCCUUACUGGUAAUCUAGCUUCGGGCCUGUGUGACAGUGUUGGCGCAGUUGUCAAACGUGAAAAUCAUGCCCUUCAGCCCAUCGCGGCCCCCGGCGAUAUCGCAUGGGAGGUUCUUGGUACCGAUUCGACGACAAUUACCUUCCCAUCAGUGUUGCUAGAUCACCAAAGCCAGCGACAAACUCUAAAAGACAUGCGGUCAAUGGUAAUGAGGUUAAAUGCAUCGGAGUCGGGCAAUGAAAUCACAAGAUCCAUCCUCAAUCGCUUGCAUUCUCUGUCCGGUGAUUCAACAAUUGCUCCUUUCUGGCUUGCCUUGACCUCGCUCCGAGCACAAUCACAGCAAACGUCUGGAUUUGAUGACUUCAUCGCUGACGACUAUAUGGAGCAAACUUCCUCAUUGUCUCAGCGUGCUGGCAUGAUUGAAGAGCUAUAUUAUACUUCUUUGAACAUUCUGAAUGAUGUGCCUGCUGAUGGCUCCGGUGACUGGCGGAUUUCGGGACUUGCGCUCGAGGCCGUGGCUUUACAAGCACAACAGCUUGGUGAAUCCUUCCGACCAGAGCUCAUGGAUGCUCUCUAUCCCACCCUCCAAAUUCUUGCGUCCAAUAAUCAGAGCCUGCAACGACAUGCUAUGACAUGUCUCAAUAUCUUGACUAAAGCCUGUAACUAUCCUGAUCCCGGGUCUAUGAUCAUUGAAAAUGUGGACUAUUUGGUGAAUUCGGUCGCUCUGAAACUGAAUACCUUUGAUGUAUCUCCAUAUCCACCCCAGGUCCUCUUUAUGAUGGUCAAGCUAUGUGGUGCGCGGCUGGUUCCUUACUUAGAAGACCUUGUUGACUCGAUCUUUGGAAUCCUGGAUCUAUACCAUGGCUAUCCUAAGCUUGUGGAAAUGAUGUUCAAAACUCUUGCGGCCGUGGUUGAGGAAGGUUCACUGAAACCUUCGCUGCUAACGAUCGAUGCCGGUAAAGAGAGCGGCCCCAGUGACAGUCGCAAGUCGAAGUAUAACAAUCUUUCCAUAUUGGACCUUGCCGCGGAUAUUGCGAACCGCAAAUCGAAGCGGAGUCAGACUGCCGAAGACGACAAAGAUGCCGAAGAAAAAAUUGCUCACCCCAAGAAACCCUGGUCGGAAACAUACGAGAAGCCUCCGGCGGAGCUUGAAUCGAUUGAAGAGCUACUCAACAAAGCAGAAUCUGAUGAGCCGCUUCCUCCACCCACGGAACCCGAAGACCAGGAAAAGCCGUUGAGCAAAACUCACUCUCUUCUUCUACACAUCGUUAAAUCGAUUCCGUCACAUCUUUCCUCUCCAUCACCAUACCUCCGACGGUCACUGCUUUCCAUUCUUAUUCAGGUGCUCCCAACCCUCUCACAAAAUGAAAAUAGCUUUCUGCCAUUGAUCAACGAACUUUGGCCAUCAGUGGCAUCAAGGGUCAUUUUUCCUUCGUCGAUUGCCAGUGACAAAUCUUCUUCCACCUUGAUGACCAAAUCAUCCCCCGAGUCUACUAGCCACGAGCAACAUGAUACCCAAACUUACCAGGAAGAAACCUUCGUCAUUACCGCUGCCUGUCAAGCCAUUGAGGCUAUGUGCAAGGGUGCGGGUGAUUUCAUGGCCACACGUAUCGAAACAGAAUUCCCACGCUGGCAAAGACUAUACCAGCGGGUUUGGUUUCAGGUGCGGGACGACGCAGAGGCCGUUAAUGCACGUCGUAAUCGACAGCAAGAGCGAGAGAAAUCGAUAUCAAAGCCUGGGGAACAAGCACUGGAUGUCGGCUUUGUUCUUACUGCUUCUCUUGCAUUGUCACCCAUUACUGCCGGUUCACGAGCAUUCACGCCACAUCAUUCCAUUUGGAGGGCUUUGAUAUCUCUGUUUCUCACCGUGUUGGCCAAUGUCCGGUUACCCCAGAAUGUGGGCGAUCAAAUCUGCAGUAUACUCGGAUCAUGGAUUGCAAUUCUUGUAGGACCGGACUACUACUUCCAAGCAUCACGUCAGAGUAUCCGAGCUCAAGUUGAUGAUUCCCAGAGAGAUAUCAUUGACUCUAUUGAGAGCGCACUAAACGCCAUGGAGACGUGGAAUCCGGAUCUCACCUGGUUUUUCUUUGCCAUUCAAGAGAGCAAGGUGAAAGCAUCCCGGGAAGGGAUCGCCGAUGUGGGCAUGUCAGUGGACGCUUUUGGACAGACUUUUAAAUUUGCAGAAGUAGCUUUCUAG